AUGGCUACAUCGAUAGGCAACGGCCCUCCUUCGAUGGCUGAGACUACUGGGGAUCGCCUGAUAGCGGUUCUGGUGGUGGUUGUCUUUUCCGUUAUUGUGUCACUUCUGAUGCUCGUUUUGAGGGUAUGGUGUCGUUGGUCAAUACGAUCGCUUGGGUGGGAUGAUUUUGCUGCGAUGAUGUCUUCGGGUUAUCUACAGAUGUGCAUAACGAUAUUCGGUUCGGGGAUACUUGCGUUAAUACCCCUCGGCCUCAGUGAUCCCACGGGACAGAUACCAGUUGACAAAAUACCUGCUUUCUACAAGUGUGCAUACAUCACAAUAUUCUUCUACGGUCAAGCUCUCUUUUGGGCCAAAAUGUCUUUCGUACUGCUCUACUACAGAAUCGUCUCUCUGUCUUAUUGGAGAUGGACUUAUAUCGGUGCCAUGGUCUUCCUGGUUCUCUGGAACAUCUGCGUCAUCCUGAUCUUUUUCCUGACCUGCAUUCCCAUGGCAACAAUUUGGGAUCCAGCGGUAAAAGGGACAUGCGUGAAGCAUACACUGGAACUUGGAUACUUAUGUGCUGGAAUAAGCAUAUUCACCGACCUGGCCGUGGCAGUUUUACCUUUGCCUUUUAUCUGGAAUCUAAACCUUCGUCGUUCACACAAGAUCGCCUUAUCCGGAGUGUUUCUGCUAGGCUGCUUCUCAAUAUCCUUGGCUAUUGUGAGGAUACGCUGGACUGAUAUAUGGUCGACUACAACAUGGGAUAUCGUCCGACCUCAACUCUGGGGCCUUGCAGAGAUUACAUCAGCAUUGAUAUGUGCUUGUAUACCUACUUUCAAGCCUCUUCUUGUUCGACUCAACGCCAUGAAACCCCGCUGUGAGACGACUAAACAGACGCCUGCUAUCCAAAAUCAGCGCAGCGAUGACGAGGCGGGCUUGACCUUGGAUACGGUGACAAGGGUUGGGAGUCAAAGCCAGGAGAGCCAUGAUGGAGAUCCUCACAGAGCAUUAACGGCAAAGUCUUAUGGGACUAAUACUUUAGAAUCUCUCGAUAAAUACCUUCACUCCGCCCCUAUUUGUGCAAGGCAUUUCCAAGGCACACAUUUCGUCUUGGUCUCAGGACAUUUAAAGUUAUGUCUCCCAACAACCAAAGGAUCAGGGUCAACUUCCCAUAAAACCUCGAACGAGAUGGCUUCACUUUGCAACUACACACACCCAGAGCUUCAAAUCACAGAUGGUCUCGUACGCCAAGAGACGGGGAUACUGUUCCCUUAUAAUCCCGAAUUUUACAAUACUGCCACAGGGUUGUACGGUCCCGGUGCCCUUUAUUGUUGGUACCUGCUACUCGCCUCUGUUCUUAUGCAUUGGUUCUUCUGUUAUGUGAACAAUUUAACGCCGGACUUUUCAAGCGACCUUUUAGGUGCUCUCGCGUACCCCGUGUUCGCUGCGACAGACCUACUUCUUCAGUCGGUGCGCAUGAUGGGAAAGGAUGACCGUGCUUUGGCGAUUUACUGCCUCGCUUUUCCCGACUCUCCCAUUUGGGGACCUCAUUACUUCAGCGACACGCCGUUGGAUAUGAAUAACAUCCCGCCUGAAGUUCUCGACUUGGGUCAGAGGGUAAUUGACAUUAUCGGGCCGUAUAGAGUAUCUUGGACGGCUGGGUUGUUUCUUAUUGCUGAUCCGGGAAUGGCAUGGACUUUGUUCUUUUGGGAAGGAUCUCGUCAAGCAAUGCUCAUCGGGACAUGGGUAUUUACCGCAUUGUUGAUUAUGGUAUUGCUUCUCUCCAUGACUCGACUAGUGCAGACGUUGAGAAAAGGAAGGAAUGCUGAAACGAAAGAGAUUUUGCACAGUAUCAUGUGGGGUUUUCUUCCUGGGGCGGCGGUUAUGGCGGUAGCAUUCGGCUUGAUUAUGUACUUUGGCAUGACUAUUGUACCGGAUGUAGCUAUACAGCUCACCGAGAGGGAUCAACUCGCGACAUUGAUGGUUGGAAUUGUGACUUGGGUGUAUGCCAUGCUGGAGACCUAUUACAAGAAGACAGAAGAAGAACUUGUGUGA